AUGUCGAUGUCGGUUCUUCCUAAUCUGAAUGCCACAGCUGGCGUUGUGUUAAAUAGCAUCUCGUCGCUUGAUGUGAUCAACCGAUGGCCUAUUGCCGCGACCGCGUUUGUCACCUGCGUCGCUGCCUAUUUAAUACAGAUUGUGUUCAAGAGUGACGGUUGGGCAGGCAUACCCAUGGUUGGUACAGAAUAUGGAGGACCAGCUAAUCGAAGGAAGAUGUUCGUGAAUGGGGAGGCCAAAAACCUCUAUUUGGAAGGGUACAGGAAGUUUAAGGAGAGGGCCUUCCAAAUUACCACAGCAAAUAAAUUACCGAACAUCGUUGUCGCACCCAAGUUCAUGAAUGAGCUCAGAAAGCUCCCGGACGAUGUGCUGAGCUUUAACAAAGCCGCUGAGGAGUCUAUGCACGCCAAGUAUACUGGUUUGAAUACUAAUAUCGAAUUGCUACCCCAUACUAUCAAAACUGCUUUAACACCCGCUCUUGUCCGACUUAAUCCUGUCGUCGCGGACGAAGUUGCCGAUGCUCUCCGCACGGAGCUUCCUCAGUCAUGCAGCUGGACAGAAGUAAAGAUCAUGGAAAAAAUCAUGCGCGUCGUUGCCAUUGCCUCCGGUCGUGUCUUUGUUGGCCCCGAGCUCUGUCGUAACGAAGAAUAUCUUAACGCCUCUAUCAACUACACGGUCGAGGUAUUAGAGGCAGUCCGCGCUGUUUCAGAAAUCGUGCCGUGGUUACGUCUGUUCCUCGCAAAUAGGACACCGGAGGUUAAGAAGGUGAGACGGUGUAUUAAAGAAGCGGACAAGUUCCUAAGACCGGUGGUCACGGCAAGACGAGAGGCAGCAAAGAACCCCGAUUACCAGAAGCCUGACGACCUGCUGGAGUGGAUCAUGGAUGCACAGUCUAAGUUUGGUAAUAAGGAUGACAAGGAGCUCGCCCGUAUUCAACUCAGCACCAGCUUUGCUGCCAUUCAUACCACCACAAUUACCGCUACAAAUGCACUUUACACGUUGGCUGCGAUGCCCGAGUUGGUUACAAUAUUCCGCGAGGAAGUAAAUUUAGCUCUUGCCGAGAGCAACGGCGUCUUUACUAGCGGCGCUAUGCAGAACAUGAAGAAGCUCGACAGCUUUCUAAAGGAGACCAUGAGGUACUACGCGCUUGGAUCUACCUCUUUCCAGCGAAAGGUUCUCAAGACCUUUACUCUUUCCAACGGCCAAGUCAUUCCGGCAGGGGCCAUAAUCGAACUACCAGCCAUCGGCAUCAGCAAUGACGAGGAAUUUUUCCCGAAUUAUGAUAAUUUUGAUCCACUGCGAUUCUUCAAGUCACGCCAGGAAAAGAUCAAGCAGGAGAAGGGCAUCAAGCAGGCCGAGACUGUCGCCAACGCUCAAUUCGUUAGCGUAGGGCCGUCAAGUUUGACUUUCGGUUAUGGCCGUCAUGCAUGCCCUGGGCGCUUCUUCGCAGUCAACGAAAUCAAGAUGAUCAUGGCGACGCUUCUGACCAACUACGAUAUGAAAAAUAUAGGUACGGAAAGAUACGCGAACUUGGAAUUCGGAGAGAUGGCCCAUCCCGACCCCGAGAGAAAAGUCCUGUUGAGGAGGAUACAGGAAGAAUGA